GAAACAAGAAGAGGAGGAGGAAGAGGACGAAAAAGAGGAGGAUAGAUAUGGAGUGACGACGAUGUCACAGCUAACCAGGGCAGGUAAACUGUAUCUACCAGCGUAAACACCUGACAGAGGGCAUAAAAGAGGCAGAGUAGUAACUAAACACCACUGCUGAACCACCGGACCACUGUGUUCUUCUUCUUGGUUCUUCUUGUUGUCGCUCUCUAGGUGGGAGAAGGGCGAGGAUAUUAUGGCUUCACUUACUCCACAGAUCCGAGGACUUCAGACAGAUGAGGAAGAAAACAGAGUCCUUAAAGUGAAAGUCAUUGCUGGAAUUGGGCUGGCCAAAAAAGAUAUACUGGGAGCCAGCGAUCCAUAUACAAGACUAUCCCUCUAUGACCCUAUCAAUGGAGAAAUCACAAGUCUUCAGACCAAAACAAAGAAAAAGACACUGGACCCAAAAUGGAAUGAAGAAUUCUUUUUCCGAGUUGAUCCCAGAAGGCAUCGUCUGCUGUUGGAAGUGUUUGAUGAGAACCGCCUGACACGUGAUGACUUUCUGGGACAGGUGGACAUCCCAUUAAAUCAGAUACCGACAGAAAAUCCUAAUACAGAAAGACCAUACACAUUCAAGGAUUUUCUGCUUCACCCACGAAGCCACAAGUCCAGAAUCAAAGGUCACCUGCGUCUCAAAAUGACCUACCUGCCAAAAAAUCCAGAUUCAGAGGAAGAAACAACAGAACAGACUGAGGACAUGGAUCCUGGUUGGGAGUUUCUGGAGGCUCAGGACAUGUCAGGUCCCAGACAAAAUCAGCUGCUGCCUGCUCUGCCCCCUGGCUGGGAGGAGCGGCAGGACAACCUGGGAAGAACCUACUUUGUCAAUCAUGAGAGCAGAACCACACAGUGGACACGACCCACAAUUCAGAACGUUGAUGGGGAGAUGCAAAGAAGACAGAACAAUAACAUAGAUGCAGAGCAUGCUAUUAUUACACGCAGACAGAUCUCGGACCAUGAUGAGAACACCACACGAGAGUCUCCUGAGAGCUGGGAGAUCAUUACAGAGGAUGUGUCCACCUUGUACCACAGCAAUAACCAGCUCACAUCAAGUCCACCCCACGGGCCUGCAGAGUUCCACCCGUCCCGCGCUGAGCUGAGAAACAGUCACAUUUCUCGGGCCACAGCUGGCGAACUGCGCACUUACCAGACGGAUCAUGCUAAUAAUUCAAGCCAUUCCAGUCUCAGAGGAAAUGCCCAGACUUCAACAGGAGAGGAACAUCCUGUUAAUCCUGUGCUAAUUCCAACCUCAACUGGGCUGCCUCCAGGCUGGGAGGAGAAGCGAGACAGUAAAGGGAGACGCUACUUUGUCAACCACAACAGCCGAACCACUUCAUGGACACGACCCCUCAUUCAGAAAACCUCAGAGGUGCCAGUAGCACUAGCAGCAGCUGCAGCAGCAGCAACACAGAGUGGGGCAGGUGUAGCCCAGAGCCUUACUCCACCCUUGCCAUCCAUGUCCCCAGAGGAAUCUCCUCAGCACACCCCAAGCCCAGAGGCCACACAUACAUCUGGCUUCCUGCCAGCUGGUUGGGAGGUUCGCAGUGCUCCCAAUGGAAGACCGUUUUUCAUCGACCACAACACUAAGACAACUACUUGGGUGAGAAAGCAGCAGACUUCAGAUGUGCUUUUACCUCUAAUCGAAGAUCCCAGGCUAAAGAUCCCUGUGCAGACGAGGAAGAGACUCCCACUCGAUCCAUCUGAUCUUGGCCCUCUGCCGCCUGGCUGGGAGGAGAGGGUCCACAGUGAUGGCAGAAUAUUCUACAUAGAUCACAACACCAGGACCACACAAUGGGAUGAUCCCAGAUUACAGAACUCAGCUAUAACUGGACCAGCAGUGCCUUAUUCCAGAGAUUAUAAACAGAAGUAUGACUACUUCCGGAAGAAAAUGAAGAAACCGGCUGACAUCCCAAACCGCUUUGAGCUGAAACUGAAACGUAAUGCAGUGCUGGAGGACUCGUACCGGCGCAUCCUAUCAGUGAAGAGGGCGGACCUGCUGAAGGCAAGACUGUGGGUGGAAUUUGAGGGAGAAAAAGGACUGGACUAUGGUGGCGUGGCCAGGGAAUGGUUCUUCCUCAUGUCCAAGGAGAUGUUCAACCCAUACUAUGGACUGUUUGAGUAUUCUGCCACGGACAACUACACACUGCAGAUUAACCCCAACUCAGGUUUAUGUAAUGAGGACCACCUGUCCUACUUCAAGUUCAUCGGCCGUGUGGCAGGCAUGGCCGUUUAUCACGGCAAACUGCUCGAUGCAUUCUUCAUUCGGCCUUUCUACAAGAUGAUGCUGCAGAAGCCCAUCACUCUCCAGGACAUGGAGUCUGUUGACAGUGAAUAUUUCAACUCCUUGAAGUGGAUUUUGGAGAACGACCCAAAAGACUUGGACUUAAGGUUCACCAUCGAUGAAGAGCUGUUUGGACAGACUCGCCAGCAUGAACUGAAGCAGGGUGGGGCAGAGAUUGUCAUCACUAAUGAAAACAAGAAGGAGUACAUCCAUCUGGUAAUGCAGUGGAGGUUUGUGAACAGGAUACAGAAACAGAUGUCUGCCUUCAAAGAGGGAUUCUUUGAGUUGAUACCUCAAGAUCUGAUCAAGAUCUUUGAUGAGAAUGAGCUCGAGCUGCUCAUGUGUGGUCUUGGCGAUGUGGAUGUGAAUGACUGGAGAGAGAACACCAAGUACAAGAACAGCUAUUGCUCCAACCACGUUGUUAUCCAGUGGUUUUGGAAAACGGUUCUGUUGAUGGAUGCAGAAAAGCGAAUCAGACUCUUACAGUUUGUGACAGGAACAUCAAGGGUCCCAAUGAAUGGCUUUGCUGAACUCUAUGGGUCUAACGGACCACAGCUGUUCACUAUUGAGCAGUGGGGAACACGUGAUAAACUCCCCCGAGCCCACACAUGCUUCAAUCGACUGGACCUGCCUCCUUAUGAGUCUUUUGAGGAGCUGAGGGAAAAACUUCACAUCGCCAUUGAGAAUGCACAAGGCUUCGACGGGGUGGAUUAGAGCUUGUGCCUGGAAUUGAACUUAACUUAACUAAUUACUGCGUGAUGUGGUGAAGACAAUGGGACAAACAAGCUGUGCGUCAGAUUCAGGUCUUAACCUGUCAGCUGUGUGACAGAUGAAGGACCGUCGCACAACUUCACUUUGGUCCUCUGUUGAGGCACAUGUGGAGAAAGGACAUUACAUCUGGAGUGACAGAGGUAUUUAAUCGCUCUUCAUGUUCUAAAGUUUACAAAGCAAACAUACAAAGCUGUAUACUGCAUAACGAAAAAAUCUAACCUUAAACAGUAGUUUUAUUUGGGCUGAAUUGCCUCAGAAAAACUUUAUACUCAGAUUCUCACAUCAGGUACUUGUGAGGUUUAGCUUCACAUUGUAGUUGGUGGAAAAUUAGUUUAGUUGUGUUAACUUGUCCCUUCACCACAUAUUAGUACUGGAAAGAGUGGGAUGUGGGUCAGAAUAGUCAAUAAGUUAUGUUUUACCUAAGGAUAACAUCAACUCUUGAUAUUUGAAUAAAAAAAA